UCGUCCUCCUCGUCCUCCCUCCAUCAUCGCCACCACAGCGACCGCGGGGCGAACAGAGAUGAUAAUCCAGCUCCAGCACCACCCCUGUUCCCUGCAGCCGACGCUCCACCUCCCCAAACCCCUCAGUACCCACCACCUCCACUUCCCACCACCCUCCGCCGCCGCCGCCGCCGCCGCCGCCGCUUCCACUUCCACUUCCACCUCGGACUCCGGCCUCCUCUUCCGGGAGAAGCUCCUCUACCUGCAGAGCCUCAACGUCGACCCCCGGAAGGCCCUCCGCCACAACCCGGACUUCCGCUCCUCCCCUCUCUCCGCCCUCCGCUCCGUCGAGUCCUGCCUCGCCUCCUUCGGCAUCCCCCGCCCCGCCCUCGGCCGCGUCCUCGACAUGUUCCCCCAGCUCCUCACCUCCGACCCGGACUCCGACCUCUACCCCGUCUUCGAAUUCCUCCUCCACGAGGCCCUCAUCCCCUUCCCCGACCUCCAGAAGUCCGUCCUCCGCUGCCCCCGCAUCUUGGUCUGCAGCGUCGACGCCCAGCUCCGCCCCACCCUCUCCUUCCUCCGGAGCUUCGGCUUCGUGGGCCGCCGCGCCAUCACCUGCCAGACCACCCUCCUGCUCGUCUCCAGCGUCGAGCGCACCCUCUUGCCCAAGAUCGAGUUCUUGCGGAGCCUCGGGUUCGGGUACGGGGAGGUCUCGAGGAUGGCGAUCAGGUCGCCGGGGCUGCUCACCAUGAGCGUCCAGAACAACAUGAGGCCCAAGGCCGAGUAUUUCUUGCGGGACAUGCGGGGGAACUUGACCGAGCUGAAGCGCUUCCCGCAGUACUUUUCCUUCAGUCUGGAGCGGAAGAUCCGGCCGCGGCAUCAGAUGCUGGAGGAGCACGGGCUUGAGUUGCCCUUGGCCGAGAUGCUCAAGGUCAGCGACGGCGAAUUCGCCGCGAGUCUGAUCGAGAUGCGGUUGCGGAGAGUCGAUGCCCGGGAUCUCGGUCGAUUACGCAUGCGAUCACUUGCACAUAUAGCUGCUAAGAACAAUUUUAAGCGUGGCAUUGAAGCUGGCUGUGGGCGAGUCAUUUGUCGUGAGCAGUGCUGGACUUGGAAGUACAUCAAACUCACUGAUUAGUCCCCUUGGCCUUCUUAAGGAUCUGGGUUGAUUCUGCGCAUGAAGUUGUUCGUCAGCAGUGUCAUCUAUGAAGUGACAUUAAUCCCGCUCGUGUGCUUGUCAGCAUAAGAUGUUUACUUUUCCGCCAAAACACUGAUAACGUUAGAUGUUGCCCUGGUAUCACCAUCUCUCAUUUAUGUAAUGUUAAAUUGCUAGUUAUUCGUUAGCAAGUAUCAUCUAUUUCUGAUGGAUAUAAUCAAUUUGUGGGUUCUUCAUCUGCAAAGACAACCGUGGCCAAACUAUUUAUCUAAAGAUGUCGAGAGUUUUUCAUCUUUACUCACAUUGCGACU